CUGGGGGGCAAGGAGACGGAGCUCGCGUGCGUGGACCUCGCGUCGGGCGCGCGGGUCUGGCGCGCGAAGAACGUGCCCCACGACAAGCUCGACAUGCGCCGGCCCGUCUUCGUCGGCGCGGCGGCGUUUUUAGGCGAGCACGAGUUCGUGGUCGGCACGGCCUACGCGGAGCUCCGCUUCUACGACGCGCGCGCGAGCCGGCGGCCGGUCCACGAGGUCGCGGGCGCCGUCGACCGGGGCGCCAGGGCGCUGGCGACGCUGCGCGACGGCACGGUCCUCGUCGGCGACAUGACGGGCGACGUCCGGGCCUACGACGCGCGGACGCGCGCGAUGACGCGGCGCUUCGCGGGGCCCUCGGGCAGCGUCCGCGAGCUCGCGGCGCACCCGGACCGCGCCGGCCUCUUCGCGGCCUGCUCGCUGGACCGCCACGUCUACGUCUGGGACGCCGCGGGCAAAACGCAGGCGCCCGUCGCGACGGUCUACUGCAAGCAGCGGCUCCGGUCCUUCCUCUGG